AUGUUGACUGUCAAACCCGCCAAUUGCCAAUUGGCAACUAUCCCAUCCGAUCCAAGUCACUCUCCCAACGCACCAAGCUCUCCGCCGGACGUCCAGUGCCAAGCUGCCGGUGAACGCGAGCGACGGUCAACAGGAGAAGACGCCCCCACAAGACAACGACGAACACCACGCAAACGGAACAAACGAAACGACAUGGGUUCCCGAAAUGAACAAGAAACACAUCAGAACAAGUAUCUUCACCACUUCAGAUGGGAAAGCUCGGUGCCCGAACGAGUAUCGAUCAAAGGCUCAUUCGAUCAGUGGCAAUCCUCAUUGGAGUUGCAGAAAAAAACGUCCGGUAAAUUCUCCGCUCCAAUCGAACUAGAGUUUGGUUCAAAAGUCUCCUACAAGUAUGUUGUCGACGGAACCUGGCGGCACAACCCUAAUGAGCCUACUGAAACCGACUCAAAUGGUAACAUCAACAAUGUCUUUGAAGUGCCUCAAGAUCCAUUAUUCUCCAUGAACCCUGAGGCUGAAUCCGUUCAAACCUUGCCCAAUCCGGUACAAACUAUGUCAUCCGCAGCCGUAACUGAAGAGUCAGGGACGGAGACAUCACCUGACCCACCCCUUACAAAAACUCCCGAACCUGACAGUCUGACCGAAUCAUCUACGCCUCCAGACAUGUCCAUCGCCUUCCCUUCAACCUCAACUGACAACCUACCUGAAUUGACCGAGCGCCCGAAGCAAGCGGCCAAUCCCAAACGAACCCUAAGUUUAUUUGCCCCUGGCACACGCUUUGGUCGCGCAUCCCACCGCACCCAAAGUCUUGCCACCGCCCCUGGCACGCCCAAAGAAAAGGCGUCUCCGGCCGGAGCCUCGGUCUCCAAUGUGGUCUCUGCCAUGGCCGGUGUAGCUGCCACGGCCAUCCCAGCCGCUAUAUUUGCCGUCACUGGCAAGGAUAUCACCCGGAACUCAAAGCCUGACUCCCCCGCCGACCCGCCAUCCGCCAAUGAUGAUCCCUCGCCUUCCGCUGCUGAGGAACCUAGUACUUCAUCCCAAUCCCCUGCCGGCGGUUCCGAUCAGCCCUCGCAGACUGACACUCCUGCCCCAGCUGUUGCUACUUCCGACAAAGUACCCCAGCCUGCUGCUCAGCCACCCGCUCAACCUGCUGCUCAGCCUGCCGCCCAACCUGCUGCCCAACCUGCUGCUCAACCCGCUGCCCAACCUGCUGCCCAGCUUGCCGAUGCUAAGCUCACCUCGUCAACCCCCGAGCCUCUGGCCACUAUGCCUGUGAAUGAUGCUACUGAAAAUCCCGAACCCAAGAGCAGCAAACCUGUAGUGCCUCUGGCCACGCAUCAGCUACUCUCUUCGUCGGCAGCGGAGACUUGCGCAACGACAGUGCCAACAUCUCCCAAACUAGAAGACCUCACAAUCGCACCCAAAGCUACACCAGCUGUGAUUGAGUCAAAGACAGUCCCAGCAGUCUCCGUGUCGGAUCCCAACUCCAACAAUCCCGAACCCAAAACUGGUUCUCCUUCUACCCUCAAACAAGAGGGGGCCAAACUCCAGACCCCUGGAGCCAGCCCAAAGGUAGAAUCGCCACCGAAGGUCUCGUUUUCCGACGACGAAGCGGCAGCAGCCCGAGCUAACGCAACCGCGCGCGAAACGGGCAGCAGCACCGUCCCGCCCGCCCCAACCGUGAAGCUCUCGCCAAAGCCUACAAUCAGUGGGGCGUCGACUCCCAACAAACCUAACCCGGACUCCGCCGGUGGGAAAUCUAAGAUUUCCGAGUUCACCCGAAAGACCAGUGGCUGGAGAUACAGCCUCGGCUCCAUCCGCUCCCGAAAAACUAGCACCGACCACGACCGUCGCUCAGUCAGUGAUAGCCCCGCCCUCGCGCAGGCCCGAUCUCCCGAACCCUCGACCGCUGAUCACCCGGAAGACUCGUCUCCUCGAGCCAAGCGCAGAUCUGGCUUAUUCCAAAAAAUCAAAGCCGUCCUCAGCCCUCACAAGAAAAACGCUUACACCACCAACACCAGCAACGCAGCUGGUGGUGGGGGCAACACCAGUAAAUCGAACACGCUCAGCCGUACCACUACGAUCAACCGCGAAUGA